GUGUGGGGCUCCCGCGGCUGAGCCUGGCCGCUCCGCGAAGCGCCAUGUCCAAGCCACCUCCCAAACCGGUCAAACCAGGGCAAGUUAAAGUCUUCAGAGCGCUGUAUACAUUUGAACCCAGGACUCCCGAUGAACUGUACUUUGAAGAAGGAGAUAUUAUCUAUAUCACGGACAUGAGCGAUACCAGCUGGUGGAAAGGGACAUGCAAAGGCAGGACAGGGCUGAUCCCGAGCAACUAUGUGGCUGAGCAGGCAGAAUCCAUCGACAAUCCAUUGCAUGAAGCUGCAAAAAGAGGCAACUUGAGCUGGUUGAGGGAGUGCUUGGACAACCGAGUGGGGGUGAACGGCCUGGACAAAGCUGGAAGCACAGCCCUGUACUGGGCCUGCCACGGGGGCCACAAAGACAUAGUGGAGGUCCUGUUUACUCAGCCGAACGUGGAGCUGAACCAGCAGAAUAAGCUGGGAGACACGGCUCUGCACGCAGCUGCCUGGAAGGGUUAUACAGACAUUGUCCAGUUGCUACUGGCAAAAGGUGCCAGGACAGACUUGAGAAACAAUGAGAAGAAGCUGGCCUUGGACAUGGCCACCAAUGCAGCCUGUGCGUCACUCCUGAAAAAGAAGCAGGGAACAGACGGGGUUCGAACGUUAAGCAACGCCGAGGACUACCUUGAUGACGAAGACUCAGACUGAUUCCUCCUGGAACUGCUUUGAUGCCUAAACUCCUUUUGCUUUUGCCAUUCCAAAACCUUGGUUGUUUUGCCGGAAGAGUAUUGAUAACCGUUCUUUUUAAAGUCUUUACGAACGUGGCACUGUUGCACUGUGAUCUGUGAUGAGUCGGCAUGGCACCGGUGAUUCUCACCCGUGACUUGCCAAUAAGCGCUGGGAUACUUUGCUGUAUAAAAUGCAUAUAUGUUCACCAGUGUAGAACAAGAAAAGAUUAUUUCUAUUUAUCAAGCUAAAGGAAUUUUAAUAAUUUUUUUCUUUUAAAAAAAUCAGGAUUUUUUUUUAAAGUUCUUUACCUCAAGGAAUGGGAUGUUUUGAGUGGGUUUUUCAAGGGGGAAAUGCUUAUUAUAACGAUAGACCAAAACUCUCAACAGAAUAUUGUCAGCUCUUCUGACAAAAAUAAACAUUUAAAGAGUC